AUGGCAAAGGCGACUAAUUACACGAACGGCACUGACGCGCUUCCACAGCGCCAUCCAAAAGAAAAGAAGAAGAAGAAGAAGGCAAAGUCCUCAUCCCUGGAUCCCAACCACGAAGAUGGCCCCAAGCAAGACUCAGGGCGCCAGUUUUCUGUUCAUGAUGCCACCAUCAACGAUCCCGACGCCGAGUACCCCACAUCACGAGUGAUAAAGGUGGGUCCCUCCGGUGAUUUGAUUGUGGAGAGCCUAGAUGAUGAAUACCCCGAAACUGAGAAGGAGCAAGGUGCCCAGCGCGGUUACAACCCUUCGCAAGACCAUGACUUUUCCAUCUUUCACUUCCACAAUGAAGAGGAAAGAGAAUUCUGGUUGAGCUUGCCUGACUCUGAAAAGAAGGAGAUACUACGAGUGGACCGGGACCUGCUCAUGGAAAACCUACGAAACCUCCGGAGAAACCAACCAAACAAGGGGCUUCAUCCUGCUCCCCUCCACCCUGGUGAUCAUAAGGCCGGCCAGGAUACAGAGCAAUGCACCUGCUCAUACUGUGGUAGGAACAGCCGCUACAUUGAGGAUGAGUUGGCGAUGGCCUACAACCAGCAUCUCGACGUGAUAGCCAACUAUCUCGAAAACUCCAUGCAUCGUAACGAAAUACCCCGCGAGCUUCUUGAGCCCAGCAGCCAUCAAUUUGAAGAGGCUAGUGCGAAUACGAAACACAUGCUGAUGGAGAUCACGCAUUUACACACCUGGGAUCAAAAAGCCGUGAGCCCUGAUGUAUUACCUCGAAAAUCAUCUCUGAAGGUUGCCCCGAAAAGUAAAUCCCCAAAGAUUGCGUCGAGCAGCGCUUCUCAAGGACAAGAUCUGGGGUCUGACGAUGCGGUAAAACCCCUUGCAAAAGAGGACGGGGAGACUACAACUGAGAAUGAAGAAAUGCUGUUGAUGAAUCUCGAGCCGCAGGAAAUGCUUGAUAUUCUAGGAAAGGCAAAGAAAGUCUCAGAGCUAAUAAAUCCAAGCACAGUUCAAGAACUUGUGAAAUAUGAACUUCUACAGCGAAAUAUCAAGCCAGAAGCCGCCAUCGAUGAAUCAGCCAAAAACCUCACUGAAAUUUUUGCUAACAUCAAAAAGGAUGAUGAGAAUGGUAUCGCAAAGACCGUUGAGUUCAUCAAGUGUUGCAGUCGGCUUUACAAAGAGUCAAAUGAUCAGUUCAAUGAUGUUCUGCAAUUCCUCUCGAAUGUCGCUGAUCUCAUUAUGAAGAAUGAUGGCAAGCCAUUCAUUGAUAUGCUUGAAUCGCUUACGGAUGCUCGUAAUGCAAGAGCUAAUCUGAUCGAAGAAGCCAGAGCCGAAGAAGUUUAUGACGAUGACGAUCAUGAAAUUACUAGGUCCGCAGAGGUAGAGGGUCAGGUGUUACAAUCACCACUCAAUGCGUCCAGUGCCUCCAAUGGGUUCGAUGACAACGAGCUGAAUCAAAGUGACAGUGAAGAGUCUCCCGAAGAAGAUGAUUAUGACGAUUCAUACGAGUAUGACCAUGACCAUGACCAUGACCAUGACCAUGACCAUGAGUACGUGUGUGACCAUACAUGCUCUCAUGAGCCUGACUGUGAGCACGAUUGCGAGCACGAUGAUUACGAUCACGAUGAUGAUGUUAAUGAUGACCUCGAUAGCAAUCAAGAUUAUGAUGAUGGCGAAUUUGAUGAUGAAGAGGAGCGUCGUGGAAGAAGACAGGAGAUACGCGGAUUUGUGAUGAUUCAGGCGAUUAAUAUGAUUCGUGCGAGGUUCUAUGAAGCCUAUGAGCGUAAAAUAUCAGAAGAUCGUACUCAGAAAUUCAUCGCGGAGCUCGAAGCAGAGGAGAAAGCCAAGAAGGAACGCGAAUUAAAGAAGUUUCAAGCCAAGGAGAAGCAGAAAGAAAAGAAGCGUUUACAACAACAAGCAAGGGAGGAGGAGAAAAAGAGGAAGGAAGCGGAGGAACUUGCUCGAAAAGAAGAAGCUGCCAGAAAGCAAGAGGAAAGACGUCGUGAGCAGAUGAGAAAACAAGAGGAAGAUCGUCUUAGGAAAGAGGCCGAGAAACGCAAAAAAAUCGAAGCUUUACAAAAGAAAGAACGUGAGCAACAACAAGAAAGGGAGAGGAAGAGAAAGGUUGAGGAGGAGAGGAAGCGACUGGAGGCAAGGAAAGCAGAAGAGGAAGCCUGCAAUAGAGAACGCGAAAAGAAACGGUCUCAAGAAGAAGCAGUCAAGAAGGAACGUCAGAUAAGGAGAGAAGAAAAAGAGGAAUGCGAGCAGAAGAUGCUUGGGAGAAAUAUUUUGGAAAGGAAUCGUGAGCUCGAAGUUGAGCAGGAGAGGCAUGAAGUUAUUUCAAAAGAACAAAGUUGGAGAACUCAAACUAUUGAUGCAAAUGUACCCUACAAUGAGAGGAGUAUUAAUUCAAACAUACCGCUUUCAUCACAACUGCAACGUUUGAAAGCACAUGAGGCGAUCACUGAGAAGAUUUUGGAUACGAAAGAAACUAAUCAAGGGCUUAAUUCUGAAGAAAAUUCUGCGUUCAGCCGUGAUCCGUUUGAUGAUACUGAAGAGUAUCUCAGCAAGCAACAACAAGAGAUCCUCAAUAGGGCGAACAAUUUGACUCUUGACGAAUCCAGCUCAUUGAAUCCUUUCGAAGAAACAUCAAUUCAUCCAGGAGGCACAUCCACAUCCCCCUUGAAGAAUCCUUUGUUGGACCAACUCAACCGAGCGAGACCAGAAUCAUUCUCCUCCAUAUCAACCUCCACUCCACAAAUGAUGGAGAGCAAUCCAAUUGGAUUUUCGGGACAUGGCGUCCUACCAAACAGGAACUCAGAUUUUAUCAAUAAUCAUGAAGGCUUCAAUGGUACAGAAUGGGGCAGUGGUAAUUCCUUCGUGAGCUCUCAGAAGCACUCCACAUUUGGGACUGGUCAAAACUCGUCUCAGUUCAGUCCAUUCAGCUCGACAGCGGCUUUGAAUCAAAUCAACCAACCUCCUGUUGACAUGCUUUCAAACCCAUCGAUUAGAGGAGCUUCCACUUCGAACAUUCCUCAAAGUAAUAGUUUCUUGUGGAGUGAUGGAGCGACUACUCGUAAUAACUCCAUUUGGGGAGGUUCAACGUCAGAGACUCAACAAGGUGGAAUCUGGAGUAGCAACAAUUGUCAACAACCACUACCGAAUGGUUUUGCAGCAAACAAUCGCUCUUCCUUUUCGGAGCAGACAGCACACUUGGAUUAUGGUAUCAUUCAAAAAGCGGCGUAUGAAGCUUACAAGAGCUUGCUUGGCAGCAACCAAAUGAUGUACGGUAUGGCCCCUGUUCAGACCAUGUUUCUGAUUACAAGGGCGAUAUUGGGAGAUCAUACACUUGGAAUGGGUGAUUUUCUCAAAGCCCUUGGAGCCAAUGGCGACUACACGUCUGAAAUUUUUCACGAUGACAACGGAAGUGUGGUGAACAUUAAAAUGUCUCAGAAUAGUGUCCCUUCUACACAUACAAAAUUCCCACCACCCGCAAACUUGAGUCGGCCGCCCAUGGCUCAACAAUUCAAUCAGCAAACUCAAUUUCCUUUCAAAGGUGCCUCCCAGCCAAGCCCGUUCCAACAGAAUCAGCACUUCCAGCUGCCGAUGGCUAACCUCCAGCAUACAUCACCGCAACCGUUCAAGUCUAUGAAUGUUCCUCCGCCUGGUUUGCAGCCAAAUGAGAACGAGUCCGCAAAGCCAAGCGCAUUUCAGUUUUCAAACACGAUAUCUGGCUCAAUUAAUCCCCUAGGUUACGGUCAACAUGGCAGCAUAUGGUGA